AUGAAGAGUGGAAACAACAUUAUAGUAGUUCUUGCUAUAGUAAUUUGGUUUAUGGGAUUGAGUUCAAAUGCUCAAUUGAAUGCCACAUUCUAUGCAGGCACUUGCCCAAAUGUGACGAGCAUCGUUAAUGGUGUAAUCCAACAGGCUUUACAAACUGAUGCGCGAAUGGGUGCCAGCCUCCUUCGCCUUCAUUUCCAUGAUUGCUUUGUUCAAGGUUGCGAUGGGUCGAUUCUGUUGGACGAUAGUGCUAGCAUAGAGAGUGAGAAAGAUGCAUUUCCCAAUGCAAACUCGACUAGAGGAUACGACGUGGUUGACAACAUUAAAACUGCUCUAGAGAACUCUUGCCCUGGUGUUGUGUCUUGUGCAGAUAUCCUAGCCAUAGCAGCAGAAGUUUCUGUUUCUUUGGCAGGAGGUCCUUCAUGGGAUGUUCUAUUAGGGAGAAGAGAUAGCACCACUGCAAACCGAGCCUUAGCCAAUACCUCUCUUCCAUCUCCAUUUGAAAGCGUAAGCUCAAUCAUCUCCAAGUUUACAGCCCAAGGCCUCAACAUCACUGAUGUAGUCACACUAUCAGGUGCUCAUACAUUUGGGCGUGCUGAAUGCCGAACUUUCAGCCCACGCUUAUACGAUUUCAAUGGCACCGGCAACCCCGAUCCAACGCUAGACACAUCUUACUUGGCUACUCUUCAACAAACAUGUCCACAAAAUGGUAGCGACACUACCAUCACCAAUUUUGAUCUCACAACUGCAGACAACUUCGACAAUAACUACUACUCCAACCUCCAAAACAAUAAAGGCCUUCUCUUCUCUGAUCAAGAGUUGUUCUCCACGACUGGUUCUGAUACCAUCGCCAUUGUCAACUCCUUCAGUAGCAGUCAGAGUGCCUUCUUUCAAAACUUUGUUCAAUCUAUGAUAAAUAUGGGAAACAUUAGUCCACUGACAGGCACUAAUGGGCAGAUUAGGCUAGAUUGUAAGAAGGUUAACUAA